AUGGCAGCCUUACCACGUAGAAUAAUCAAAGAGACACAGCGACUUAUGCAGGAACCCGUGCCUGGUAUUAGCGCAGUGCCUAGUGAAACUAAUGCCCGCUAUUUUCAUGUAAUUGUUACCGGUCCGGAAGACUCGCCUUUUGAAGGAGGACUUUUCAAAUUAGAACUUUUCCUGCCCGAAGACUACCCUAUGUCGGCGCCUAAGGUUAGGUUUAUAACGAAAAUAUACCAUCCAAACAUAGACCGGCUGGGUCGUAUAUGUUUGGAUAUACUGAAGGAUAAGUGGAGCCCCGCUCUGCAAAUUCGUACGGUGCUGCUUUCGAUCCAGGCAUUGCUGUCAGCACCGAAUCCUGAUGAUCCUUUGGCGAACGAUGUAGCUGAACUUUGGAAGGUGAAUGAAAGCGAAGCAAUUCGAAAUGCGAAGGAGUGGACACGGAGAUAUGCUAUGGACAACUGA